AUGGAUUUCCUCAAAGCACAGUUCACUAAGAUACUGCCCGUAACGCCCGCCAACCUCUCCGAAAGCACUGUUCUGAUCACAGGAGCUAAUGCAGGUAUUGGCUUUGAGGCGGCCCGAGAGAUCUUAAAAUCCAAGCCAAAACGCCUCAUUCUUGCUGUUCGGAAUCUGGACCGCGGAAAUGCCGCUGCUUCCGAUCUCUCGAAAAUCAAGGACGCAUCGACAGAGAUCGAUGUACGGCAGCUUGACCAGUCCAGCUUCGCAUCAGUGAAGGCGUUCGCCGACGGUUUGAGUGGACAGAAGGUGGACGUCGCUAUUCUAAAUGCAGGCGUAUGGAAUUUCAAAUGGACACCAACCACCAAUGGCUAUGAGUCGGAUCUCCAAGUCAACGUACUCAGCCCAGCCCUACUAUCCCUUCUCCUUCUUCCGAACCUCCGCCAAGCAACCUCACCGAGCGCUCCCGAUGCCUCAAAGCCACACCUGAGCUUCGUAUCGAGCGGUUUGCAUGCGAUGGCACAAUUCCCCGAACAUAAGCUUCCUGCGGGCCAAGUACUGGAGGCACUGAAUGACCAGAGCAAGUACAAUGGUCAGGAUCGCUAUGCUGCGACCAAGUUGAUUGGGCUAGUUUGGGCCAAAGAGCUUGCGAAGCGAAUAUCCAGUGAUCAAGUCAUCGUUAACGCGGUGAAUCCUGGAUUCUGCAAGACGAAUCUGAUGGGUGAUGCAUCGGGUAUGAUGAAGUAUAUGACGAAGUGCUUCUCUAUUUGUCUUGGCCGGUCCGCACAGGAUGGUGCAAGAUGUGUUGUGGAUGCUGCCAUUGCGAAGGGACCAGAGAGCCAUGGACGGUAUCUCAGUGAGAAGAUGAUCAAAGAUGAAGCGCCGAUUGCUAAUGAUGCCGAAAUUCAAACUAAAAUUUGGGAUGAGAUUACUGCUAUCCUUAAGAAAGAGAAGGUCUUUCCGGGUAGUGCGGAGUCACUCUAG